ACAAUGGUGCUUAUUGGAUUGUUUGGCACUUUGUAUCAUGCUAACACCAAUUUGAAGAAACAAGUUGCUAGAAAGGAAAGGAGAAGCAUUGGCGUUUUGUCAUGGAUAAUCUGCCUCAUGAUUGGAAAUGUCUGUCUUCUUUACUUUGUGUUUCAAGAGGAGCAGCUAUAUUAUGCGGCAAAUACUACAUGAUCUUCGAGGAGACGUCGCACUUUUACCGCGCCUUCCUGCCCAUCAACCCGUGGAUGUGUUUCCUCGGCAACCGCGCCAAUGACUCCGCGAUGAGCUUCGUGUUCUCCACCGUGCUCGCGAUCGCGUACUGCGUCUUCAAGGGGGUGAGGUUGCUUCAAAAGACCAGAGAAAUGACGGCAGCAUUGCAAAAAUUCCUGCAAAAAUCGUCUUAUGGUACGACACCAACGAAAGAGGAUUUCAGUCAGACUGGAAGCUCCUGUCCAAUCUGUCAAGAUGAGGUGCAUGAUCCAAUCAUGCUAGCGUGCAAGCACAUAUUCUGCGAGGAAUGCGUGUCCAUGUGGUUCGACAGGGAGCGGACUUGUCCCAUGUGUAGGGCCAACAUCAUCGAUGACCCAAAGUGGAGAGACGGCGGCACAGUGGGAACAAUGCAGCUAUUCUAAAGCCCCCUACCCUUCCGCACACACACACGGACACGCACGCACGCACACACACACACACAUACAUACACACACACACACACACACAUACAUACACACACACACACACGCACUGACACGCACGCACGCACUCAAUAUGGUGUUUUGCUAUGCUGCUUUCGUAUUCGUCGACUUUCGGCGAGGUUGCUAUAGUACGUGUCGAGGUGACUCGAAACACUCGCAUUCAAUUGAUGCUUUGAUUGUGGGGGAUGAGAACGAAUUUGCAGUAAAUGCAGAUUUUAGUUAACUAAAAUGCUGAUUUGCACGGCGUCUUAAGGAUUGCUGUGCCGGUGCUUGGAGCGUGAGAAAUCUGUCGUUAGAGGUUUAACAAUAUUGUUUACUAUACCAUGACCGACGGCUAAAAUCAUGGCAUGCCAGCUGAAAUUUUAUUUUACUGUUGGUCUGGGUAAACAUAGAAUGUAUGUGACUAUAUAGUUAUGUAAAUACUACUCAAAUAGCUCGGUGUAGUACAAAAUAGUUGUUUUAAAUGAAGCCAGAUUAUAUAACGAAACAUUGUCAUAAACAGAAGUUGUGCCAAGCUCUUCAAUUCCAAGCCCGAGCUAAUCAUGAAAAUUAUGACAUUUCAAAAGCCUCCGUAUACUAAACCUUGCCGUUAGAAUGCAUGUCUUGGUGUCUAUUUUAACCUUUGCCAUUCUUCAGCAACAUGAGUUUACCUUUGUUUGUUGUAGGUUUUUUUAACAGGUAUAUUGCAAAAUAAUAUGGUUUAUUGCUUAAAAUUGCUCUACCUAAACGAGUGAGAGUAUAUUAUCCAAAGAAAUAGCAUGCUAACAUAGUGGUAAAUGUUAUUGGCAGAUACAAUUGCGUCUGGCGAUAGAACACUCAUGAUUUCUCCCUAUUUGGCUAGCAAUUUUUUUGGCAGAAAUGUAUUGAAACUCAUAUUGCAAACAUUGUAACGUAUAAUCUCGGCACACUCAUAUCCUCCACGAAAUGUCGUGUAUAACCUGUCAAAUAUUAAUUAAUGAGCCGAUUUGUUAUGUUAGUGAUAGAAAGUGUACUCCCUGAGGUAAGCGACAGAAGUAACUCGAGGUGCCAUUUAUAAUUUUUACCUCAUUACGCGCACGUUAAGGAAAGGUUCAUUCCCGAUCCCACUUGUAUGUUACUAUGUGGGCUAUCUUGCGCAUUCUUUGCUAGCUUACAAUCAGCAGUGCUAAGUAUCGUACAAUAGCAAAGUAAUUAACUGUGAUAACACUAUAUUAGCACGAGAGAACUCGACUGGGUGCGUGCUCGUUUGUUUUUAGCAGGAUAGAUCAGUAUGAGGACGUUAAUGGGUUAGAACCUCCCAUUAUUACAGAUGGGUUUGUGAUUAUACAGUUCAGAUAGCGAGUGAGUUCUCAUUGAGGAUACUAUUUAACGGUGAGCAAUGUUUUGACAUUUCUUGUACAUAAAGGUGUUUCGAGUGAUAAUAGUAGUUUGAUAUAUGUAGAUUUAUGUACAAACAGUGCAAUAACAUAAUUAAUGCAAUCUAAUUCAAUGCAAUCUGCAUCUGACAGAGUAAACAACCUAUUGACAUGUUGACUAACCCCAAUAUUCGUAGAAGUCCAAUGAUACAUCAGACUCAGAGAUAUUCAACGAAGUAGUCUAUUUCAUAAUUGGGGUUCCAGGUACUAAGGUCUUCAACCUGCCAACUGAUCACAGUUAUAUAGUGACCAUGAGUGACACCACUCAAAGUACCGGCUAUGUCGUUAUGGAAAACCAAAAAUAACCUUAAUCGCAUAUAGCCAAUCGGUGUGGAAUUAACUCCACAGAAUUACAGUUUAUUGAAAUAUUAAACGAGAUAACAUCAAUCAAGAGUGACUAUAAAGUAACUAUGUUUACCAGACAUAACCAGAUGGAAUACCAAUAUGUACACGAUGAUGUAUCCAUCAAACACACAACACGGACACACAACCUACACUUUCUGCCAACUGUCUGCUUCAGGGACAAGUUAAAACGAAACACGUGAGAUUCAAUCAUUGUUUA